AUGACAAGUAUCCCCGCGCUGUCGCCUCCUGCUGCUACGGACAACAACGACAACAACGACAACAAUGACAGCAACGAUAACAACGACGACAACAACAAAGACUAUUCGACAAGUACAACUCGGUGCCCCUACCCCGGUCAAAACUGCUAA